UUUUUUUCUCUCUCUCUCGCGCUCUCUCCAUGUUGCCCCGGAGCCUCUAUUUUUUCUAUUUUCCCUUUCUUUUUUUCUUUUUUAUCGUUGCCCCCCCUGUCAGCUGUGACUCGACUCGCUUACCUUCCUGGCCCAUCCCUGAUGGCCACACUUUUUUCAGUCGGUCCUCCCUCGUUCUUCCGUCAACGCAACCCGGCUUGAUCAUCCACUGCGAUCGCAAGCUCUUUUUCUUCCUCGCUUUCAUUUCGGACCUGUGGACAAACUGCGACCUUGUCCUACCAUUUCCCUACCACGGACACGGCUUUCACACACUUGUCAGAAUGCAACACUCUUUCCAUCACCUCUUGCCACGGCCUAAAGACGCGACGGGUCAGCUCCCAGCAGCAGCAACAAGACUGACAUCACGGUCAACCCAACCACAUCUGACAGGAGAAUGACGACAAUUUCAUUCGCUCCAGCCCUGCGCUCAAACAGAGGAAUCGGAACGAAUGGCGUGUCUUCGUUUGCUCAUACCGUACCGGAGUACGGACUACGGAUACCGCACGGCGUCCCGCGACAGCUCAGCCCAAAACCCGCCAAAAUCCAGCCGGGUAAUAGGCCGUGGGCCGUGUCGAGACCAUCUGGACACCAACCAAAUGCAAAAUCCCACUGGCGGCGCUACCUCGUACGGGUGCCGCUACCACAAGCGCUACCCGUAACCCACGACCUGCCGACCCAU